AUGUCCUACAGCAUUGAGAUCAAGGACGCUGUUCUCCCACCAUGGGUAGUUUCUGGGCUUUGUGCGGCCAUGGGAGCUCGAGGAAGCAGCUUCCAGUCCAGGUAUGCCUGAAUCCUAAGCUGCUCAGCCUCCUCUUGGAGCAUCAGGCCCAGGUCAUGCUUUUGUGGAUAGUCGUUCAGGCUUCAUUCUGAGGCUGGAGCCUAGAUGGUUACUCGGAUGAGUCUAGAAAUUAAAGCAAAAAGGAUGCUCUCUGCAGCUUUACGACAGAGCCAAUGUCCAUGGGGCUGAACGUUGCUCUCAAUUCGAUUUUUGGCAAGUCAACGUCAUCCUCUGCACCAGACGAGUGCACCCCCCUGUCCGGCAGCACUCUUGGCUUUCCUGAAGCUGUCAUUACCCCACAGCUGAACUCUGCUUUCUUGAAAGAGCUAAGGUAUGACAAUGGCUCCUACGAGGCCCAUCUCACCCCACUUUGAGUUACUCUAUCCAGCCCGCAGGAUCUCUCCAUAUCUCUGCCGAUUCUUCAAGCCCUGCUGAUCUUCUUCUCUCUGGUGGUGGAAUUCUCAAUGUGAAUCUGUGAUAGCUGUUGGAAUUUCUUUUCUGUGAGAGAACUUUAAUGCCAUCUUAAUAUGAGGUCGCUUAAGUGGCUUGCUCUCGUUAGACAGAUGAUUGUCUUGGUCUGCCGCCCUGUACCUCAGUUUGCUCUCUCUCUCUCUCUCUCUCUCUCUACAUUGAAAUGUAGAAAUCCAGCACUGUAA